AUGCCUACAUCACUGGAAGUAAACACAUUAUAUUACUGCUUGUUUUGUACUUUACACAGGCUAUGUGGAUGCAAUCUCACUGCUCAGUCCUGUGAAAGAUUGUCUUCAACUGUUCAAUCAUCAAACUCUGUCCUGAGAGAGCUGGACCUGAGUAACAAUGACCUGAAGGAUUCUGGAGUGAAGCUGCUCUCUGAUGGACUGAAGAGUCCAAACUGUCAUCUGGAGAUUUUGAGGUUGUCAGGCUGUAUGGUGACAGAGGAAGGCUGUGGUUAUUUGUCUUCAGCUCUGAGUUCAAACCCCUCACACCUGAGAGAACUGGAUCUGAGCUACAAUCACCCAGGAGAUUCAUGUGUCAAGAUACUCUCUGAAAAACUGGAGGAUCCAAACUGCUCAUUGGACAAACUGAAUGUGGAUCAUGGAGGAGAAUCCAGGAUUACAGCAGGACUAAAGAAGUGGGUCUGUUCUCUCACACUGGAUCCAAACACCGCAAACACUGAACUCAGUCUGUCUGAGGAGAACAGAAAGGUGACACGAGUGGAAAAGAAACAGCCAUAUCCUGAUCAUCCAGACAGAUUUGAUCGUAUGCCUCAGGUGUUGUGUAGAGAGAGUGUGUGUGGACUGUUUUACUGGGAGAUUGAGUGGAGUGGCGGUGAUGGUGUGUGUAUAUCAGUGUCAUAUAAGAGCAUCAGCAGGAAGAGAGGUUAUGAGUGUGUGUUUGGACGUAAUGAUCAGUCCUGGAGUUUGAUCUGCUUUCCCUCCAGAUACUCAUUCAGACACAAUAACAUAGAGACUGAUCUCCAUGUGAACCCCAUCAGCAAGAGAAUAGGAGUGUUUGUGGAUCACAGUGCAGGAACUCUGUCCUACUACAGCGUCUCUCACACAAUGAGCCUCAUCCACACAGUCCAGACUACAUUCACUCAGCCGCUCUAUCCUGGGUUUGGGGUUAAUAUUCGAUCAUCAGUGAAACUGUGUUGA